UUUAAAUAACAAACAGGACUUUAUAUUUGAUCUAGAGAUAACAAGGACCCACUGGAGCUUAUUGAAUAGGAAAAUGACAUAGUCAGACUUACAUUUAGGAAAAUCACUUUGGUAGCUGAGUAGAAGAUGGAUUGGAAUGAGGAGAGACUCAAGGCAAAGAGAUACACCAAAAUGGUCAUAAGAGAUUGCAUCAAAGGGGCAGGCAGUUACAUGAUAAAGGGAAUGGGGCUUAUCUAAGAGAUUCUAAUAAGGUAGAAAUGACAAAAUUUUGCAAUAGAAUUUGUGUGUUGAAUGAGUGCAAGCGAGGAGUCCAGAAUGAUUCUAAGAUUGGGAGUCUGGGUCUUUGGGAAAGUAGUGGUACCCUUCACAGUAUUAGAAAAGUUCUAAAGAGGGGAGGGUUUAGACUUGCUAAGUUUGAAAUUUCCCCCAUUUACAGAUGAACUAAAGUCUGGUUAAGUGAUAAAGGAUCACACAGCCAGGAAGUGUCUAAGGCCAUACUUGAACUCAGAUCUUCCUAACUCCAGGUCAGUGCACUCUCCAAGACACUGGUUGUGGAACUUGAAAUAUUCUUGUUUCAUACAGCAGUUUGUCAAAAGCUUCAAUUCCUUCCUGCCCACUCUCAUGCCUCCCCUCACUGCUUAGUGAACACUCAUUUCACAUGAUGUUCCCACACUCCUAAGACAUAAAAAAAGGGUUACAAGUUUAUAUAGCUCCUUAUGGUUGAUGAAAUGUGUUCUAGAUGGAGAGAUUAAAUAAAACCACAUAAAACAACAUAGUAUUAUUCCAACUUUGUCAAUGAGGAAACUAAAGCAAGAGGUUGUACUUGGGCAAAUCAGAACUUUUGUGGCGUGGAAAAGAACUUGAAAUUAAAGGAAAGCCAAUUAGUUGGGGAAUGGAUAAACAAAUUAUGGUAAAUGAAUGGAGUUAGAUACUGUGCCAUAAGAAAUGAAGAAAAGGAAAAUGGCAGAGUACAGGCCAGAACCCAACUGAACCCUUCCAACAUUCCCUUCCAAACAACUCUAAAAUAACACCUCAAGUCAAAUUUUGGAACAGCAGAGGCAAUAAAAGAUCAAAGUGAGAUAUUUUUCAAGGACUUAGCAGGUCCUCAGAAGAUGUCUGUAACACAAGGGUGGAGGCAGACCCAGAGUAUGGCAGGAGCACCAGAGGUGGGCCUUUGAGGCAGCCUUGAUAGGAGCCGCAGGUUAAGGAGCUCUCAAUCCAGAAGUAGUAAGGGGAUCAGACAACUAGUCAGAAAGAUAUUACACGGGAUAGCUGGGUGGCUCAGUGGAUUGAAAGGCAGGCCUAGAGAUGGGAGGUCCUGGGUUCAAAUCUGUCCUCAGACACUUCCUCGUUGUGUGACCCUGGGCAAGUCACUUAAUCCUCAUUGCCUAGCCAUUAUGGCUCGUCUGCCUUACAGUAGUGAUAGAAAGAAAGGAAGGAAGGAAGGAAGGAAGGAAGAAAGAAAGAAGAAAAGGAACAAGGAGUUUACAUUUUGUUGAAGGCAUAACCUCAGAGACUUUGAUAAUCAUUUUUGUGAGUCAGUUAAUAUAUUCUCAUUCCAAUCACACUGAAGUGAAGCAAUGUUUUCAAUGAACCAAAUUUGCCACCCAGAAAGACAGAAUUAAAGAAGUCUGGUAAAUAUGAAUCUAAUUCAAUUUAACGCAGGAAACGUAUAGUAAGCAGCUAUUAAGUUUUAAGAUAGGGCCCUUUUCUCCCUAAGCGGUGUGGAGGCCAGGCUACCUCAGGAAGAUCAAGGUCAGCUCACCCAACCAUUGUCAGUCCUCUGACCCGGUGUCAGAUGGGUGUGUCAAGUGAGCAAGAGACAGUGCUUCCCAACACUGGUUGUGCGUAAACACCCGGUUGGCAUGGUAACUGCCCGAGCCCGCUGCUGUCAAAUUGCUCUGAGAGUCCCCAGUGGCGGUAGCCCUGGAGCGAUGGGCAGGGGGACCGUGGCUCCUCCUCCUUUCCCUCCUAAGCCGCCUGCCCCGCAGGCCGAGGGGUGCCCUCUCCCCCUCCCCGGGGUUUCAGACCGGCAGCCUUCGCUCCGGCUGAGCUGAGGCAUGAAUGGUCUGGUCUCCGCAGAGCCCCAUGGAGGAGGAGCCGCCGCCGCCCACGCCCACGCCGCCCCCUCCCUCCUCCUCCAGAAUGGCCCUGCUGAGCAACCUGACGAGCUUGGGCGUCGCUCGCGGCGGGGGCAACCUGCGCCCAGAGGAAGCCCUGGGCUCGGGCGCCUCGGCGGGCGUAGGGCGGGGCGCGAGCUUCCACGCGGCCGUGAUCUCCUUCACCACCGUGGCGGCCGUGGCGGCAGAGGCGCGGGCGAGCCGGGGCGGCGGCGGCGGCAGCGGCCUGGCUGGGGCCGAGAAGGCCGGGACGGGCAGCACCAUCCACAGCAACAGCAGCAUUCCCAGCAGCGGCAGCAUCCACAUCAGCAGCAUCCCCAGCGGGGAUCCCGUCCCGGCGGGGGCGGGGGCGAAGCGGCUGCUGCUGGAGCCCUGGGUGGCCGUGGCGGUGCAGGCGCUCGUGUUGCUGCUCAUCUUCCUGCUCUCCAGCCUGGGCAACUGCGCCGUGAUGGGGGUGAUCGUGAAGCACCGGCAGCUCCGAACCGUGACCAACGCCUUCAUCCUGUCGCUGUCCCUGUCUGACCUGCUCACCGCCCUGCUUUGCCUGCCCGCCGCUUUCCUGGCUCUCUUCACUCGCCCCGGCGGCGGCUCCAACGGGCCCCCAAUCGCCCGACCCUGGCAGCGCUUCUGCACCGCCAGCCGAUUCUUCGGCUCCUGCUUCGGCAUCGUGUCCAUCUUGACGAUGACCCUCAUCUCUCUGGACCGCUACUACGCCAUCGUGAGGCACCCGGGAGAGAAGAUAGGCUGGCACAGGGCCCUGCAGUUCUUAGUUGCCGUUUGGCUCGUGGCAGUGGGUAUCUCUUUUCCCUGGGAUUUGAUAUGGGACUUCAAGGGGAAUUGGGACGGGGAUGCUCAGGUGGGUUCAAGGCAGAGUUUCCACCGCUGUCUAUAUGUGUCUUACCCAUCUCGCCUGGGUCCCACCUACAACAUCUGGCUGAUCGUGACCUGUUACCUGUUUCCCUUUGGGAUCAUGUGCUUCUGUCUCUGCCGGAUUUGCCGGACCGUGAGAUUGUCGGAAAUUAGAGUUCGGCCGGUAACAACCAACGCCCACCUGGUGCGCUUUUACAGCGAAAUGCGCACGGCAACCACCGUGCUCAUCAUGAUCAUUUUCAUUAUUAUAUGCUGGGGACCCUACUGUCUCCUGGUACUAUUCACAUCUGCAGCCGGGGCUAUGGAUGCCCAGAGACCCCCAUUUCACCCAGGACUGGAUACCGCGGUCAUAUGGAUGACCUGGGCAAAUGGGGCCAUAAACCCUCUUAUCUAUGCAGUUCGUAACCCCAAUAUUUACAUACUGCUGAGGCACAAACGGGAGGAGGGCUACCGGACUAGAAAUGUAGCUACCUACUUGUCAAGCCACCGCCGAAAUCUGGAGUCCAGAAGUUUCGCUAACCGUCUCAGAGAACGCUAUGCCCACAGGCUCGGCGUGUGUGGUAGAAUGUCUUCUAGUUCUAAUGGAGAAGGAGGAGGGGAUGUGGCCAUGUGGGCUUGUAGAAAUCCAGCCCUACUCUUCUGCCGAGAUGGGCUACCAGACACCGCAUCUGAAGUAGCCAUGCAGAGUAAAACAGCAGACACUAGUCUCUAAAACAAGAGUGAGUGCAUGGAUGGAACCAAACGCUACCAAAAGAGUGCUCCAUCCUUUACAUUUUAGGGCUAGGAGAAUUCCAUUGAGAAUUACUGGAGUUCCUGAGAACCAAACAUUUUAUACUGAAAGAAAUCAAGAGUGGGGAGGGCUUGCCAUUUCCAGAAAGGCUGAUUAAAAAACAAAAAACAGAAAAAAAAAUUAUCCGUUUCUGCAAAAGUGCCGAGACUAAUGCAAAAUGCAAAUAAUUAAGCCAACGUGACUAACCAUUGUGAACUGUAAGUGCCAAAAAAAAAAGACCAAAACCAAAUACCAGACCACCUAAAGCCCAUAUGUAUAGGAAUCACACUGUGAAAACAAUAAUACAAUGUCUAUUAUUAUUUAUUCAAAUGCACAAAAGUUCUCCAGCUAGGAGAUGUAAAAUUAAAUACUUUUGAUCAACUUGUA